UUUGUAUUGGUGGAAACAUGUCAUUGUAAUGCAUAUUUUAGUAUUCGAUUAAGGUUGUUGACAUCAACCGCCUAUAUUCAAUGGGGAGAUAUGCUAUGCUACUAUAGCCUCAUAUCAUGAAUAUGUGUAGGCAUCUGGGGACAACGCCGAUAUAACGUAUUUUUUUUCUCUCAAAGUUGCCGGGAUGUCACGUGUUCUACUUAUAUCGAUACAAUUGUAACAACUUAAAAAAAUACGAAACUUCUAUUCGAUCAAAUAAACCGCACGUAGUAAAUAAGGCAUUCAUUUUUUUGUUGACCAAAUUCGACCUCAGUACAAAAACUUCUUCCUUGGUCGGCGAAAAAACGCCGAUUUUCCUCUUCCUCGCUGCCAGUACCCGACGUCACUUCCUGGUUUGUGAAAUGGCGAUGUUCAUGUUGUAAACACAAGUCGAAAGCCACGAUUCCAGUCUACGUCUCUAAACGUAUCUAAUUUUGGUGAUCCUGUCAAGCCAGUGACCCCAUCACCGUAAUCAUGCCGGAGGAAGAAGAGGCAGCGACGGCUGCGACCAGCGCCGAUGGGGUGGUGGGUCUGGAAGAACCCAAGAAGAUGACCAGAGAGGAUUGGAGGAAGAAGAAGGAGUUAGAGGAACAGAGAAAACUGGGAAAUGCUCCUGCUGAGGUAGAUGAAGAGGGAAAGGACAUCAACCCUCACAUUCCCCAGUACAUCUCCUCAGUGCCCUGGUACAUCGACCCCUCUAAGAGACCCACCUUAAAGCACCAGAGGCCCCAGGAGGAGAGGCAACAACAGUUCUCCUCCAUUGAGGAGUGGUACAGGAGAGGGGUGCAAGAGAAAGCCAUCAGCACCAAGUUCAGAAAGGGAGCUUGUGAUAACUGCGGUGCUAUGACACACAAGAAGAAGGACUGCUUGGAGCGGCCCAGAAAGGUGGGGGCAAAGUUCACAGGUAACGGCAUGGCCCCCGACGAACACAGCCAGAUCUCUCUGGAUCUGGACUACGAUGGGAAGAGGGACCGCUGGAACGGCUACGACCCUGAGGAUCACAUGCGUAUUGUGGAGGAGUAUGCCAAAGUAGACCAGGCCAAACAAACACUGAAAUCUCAGAAACUCCAUGAGGAGUUGGCUUCAGGGAAACUCACGGACCAAGCAAGCUCCUCAAGAAAGUGGGAUGAUGGCGAACGCACACAGGAGCAAAACAGUGAGGAUGAGGAUGAAGAUAAGUACGCUGAUGACAUCGACAUGCCGGGACAGAACUUUGACUCCAAGAGACGAAUCACAGUCAGAAACCUGCGUAUCAGAGAAGACAUCGCUAAGUACUUGAGAAAUCUGGAUCCAGACUCUGCUUACUACGACCCCAAGACUCGAGCCAUGAGAGAGAACCCCUACCAGAACACUGGCAUGGUUCCUGAAGAUGUGGGGUUCGCAGGAGACAACUUUGUACGUUACUCUGGAGACACCGUCACCAUGGCACAGACACAGCUCUUUGCGUGGGAGGCCUAUGAUAAGGGCUCUGAGGUGCACCUCCAGGCCGACCCCACCAAGCUGGAGCUGCUGCACCAGUCCUUCAAGGUCAAGAAGGAGGAUUUCAAGGACAAACAGAAGGAGACUAUCCUGGAUAAGUACGGGGGUGAGGAGCACCUGGACGCCCCCCCCAGAGAGCUGCUGCUGGCCCAGACUGAGGACUACGUGGAGUACAGUCGUCACGGUGCCGUGCUGAAGGGACAGGAGAAGGCUGUGGCACGCUCCAAAUACGAAGAGGACGUACUCAUCCAGAACCACGCGUGUAUCUGGGGGUCGUACUGGAGAGAAGGCUGCUGGGGCUUCAAGUGCUGCCACUCCAUGGUCAAACAGAGCUACUGCACCGGAGAGGCUGGCAUCAAAACUACAAGCUCCUCGGCCUGUGUUCCGUUUGAGGAGGGACUUGAGCAGGAGGAAGAGGAGGAGCCUAGGACUCUACUGGAGAUGCACAGAGAGAAACUUAAAGAGAAGAAGAAGAAGAAGCAGAAGAAGAAGAAGAAGAAGCACGGCUCAGACAGCAGCGACUCUGAGGAAGAUGAGGAAAAGAAGAAACAGAAACUGAACAAGGCCCUGGCUGCAGAGGACGUGCGUCUGAAGCAGGUAGAGGAGAUGAUGAAAGUGGAUGAGAGGAAGAGGAAGUACAACAGCCUGCAGGAGAUCAAGGAGCCCACGGAGGAGGAGAUGGAGGCCUUCAGGAUGAAACGCUCCAGGGAAGACGACCCCAUGGCCAACUUCCUGGAGCUGGGGCAGUGAUAAGAGGGAUAGUGACAACCCCAUACUCUACGCUCGCCCCUACCUACAGUAUACCCUCUACCAUCUCCUCCCACCCCUGUACCCCUUCUCCUCUCCUCCCACCCAUGUACCCUCUCCUAUAUCCCUACCCCGUGUACCCGUCUCCUCCCACCCCUGCACCCUCUCCUAUAUCCCUACCCCCUGUACCCGUCUCCUCCCACCCCUGCACCCUCUCCUAUAUCCCUACCCCCUGUACCCGUCUCCUCCCACCCCUGCACCCUACCCUUUACUCUCCCAAAUCCCUUCCCUCCUCUCCUACCCCUACCCUCUCCUCCUACCUCUACCCUAUCCUCUCCUAUACCCCUCUCCUCCUACCCUCUCCUAUACCCCUCUCCUCCUACCUCUACCCUAUCCUCUCCUAUACCCCUCUCCUCCUACCUCUACCCUAUCCUCUCCUAUACCCCUCUCCUCCUACCCCUACCCUCUCCUCCUACCUCUACCCUAUCCUCUCCUAUACCCCUCUCCUCCUACUCCUACCCUCUCCCCCUACCUCUACCCUAUCCUCUCCUAUACCCCUCUUCUAUACCCCUACCCUCUCCUCCUAUCACACUCUGGAACCCAACCUCCUGUUCUUUGCUUAAUGUUCUUACUCUUCAAGAUCAUGGUUGUCUUUUUAUUAUUAAGUCUAUCAAUGUGGUAGAAUGUUAUUUUCUUUCAUAUUUGUACAUGUAGAAUGGAUUUUGAACUUUCCGUUUAUCCAAUAAAAAGCAUGAUUUCCCUUG